UUCUUCCAAUGACUGAGACGUCAAUCACCAACAAUUUGUCAUCUUCUUCAUCUGAUAAACAAUCGGGCCCUAAACCCACUUCGUCGCUAAAGCUAUUUGGCUUUUCACUGACCGAGCAAGACGAGGUUCCGGAUAAAGCUGGAUAUUUCGGUGAAAGCAGGAGAUUCCAGUGCCCGUUUUGUCGCCGGGUAUUCGCAAAUUCACAAGCACUUGGCGGGCAUCAAAAUGCUCACAAAAUAGAGCGUCGAAGAGCAAGGCGAACCCAGUUUCACACCCAUCAUCAUCAUCAACGGUACUUGGCAGUUGCGCCGCCCGUUUUAACCGUCGUCCAUGCUGUAAGGUCGACGCCGCCGGGGUUCACAACCACCACCGGCGGUAAAUUCGUGUCGCAACGGCCACAGCUGGUUCGUUCGACACCUUGUGAUCAGUGCCGCCCUGGGAUUUACAUGGCGCCGCCAUUGUAUUUCGCAGCAUCAGCUGCAGAGGCGGACGUAAACGUUGAUCUUCAUCUUAAACUAUCCCCUUCAGGUUGUUAGAUAUGAAUUGUAACAAGGAUUUUAAUUAACCCCUUCUUU